AUGCCGUCGAUAAGGGAUGAGAUAUCUUUCGAGAAGCGAACAGCGGAGGCCCACCGCAUCCGCGCAAAAUACCCCAACCGAAUCCCAGUCAUCUGCGAGAAGGCCCCGCGUUCAGACCUUCCUGUUAUCGAGAAGAAAAAGUUCUUGGUCCCGAUGAAUAUGCUGGUAGGAGAGUUUAAAUAUAUAAUACACAAGCAUAUAAAUCAGUGUGCUUCGUCUCAAGGAUCUCCGCUGACGCAUGAGAAGACUAUUUAUUUAUUCGUUGAGAAUACUGCACCGAAAGCAGGUGCUCUUAUUCAAGAAGUCUAUGAACAGCAUGUGGCUGAUGACGGCUUUCUUUAUGUUGAGUACUCCGCUGAAAACACCCUGGGAUAG